AUGGUUGCUAUCAAGACGCGCUCCUGGUUUGAAGAUCGAAAGUGGUUAGAGCAGGAUUGGCGCAAAGUGGAGUCGGACGUGGUUUUGUUCGAGCAGGAAACUGAGACUCUUGAAAUAUCUGGCGACGCUUUACGCCAUCGUCACCAGAAGCUGGCAAACGAAGUCAUUUCUAAAUUUACUUCCUGUCCUCUCAGCUCUGAAUUUGCGACACCAACUGGAAAGGGUCUCAUCACCUUUGACAACAUUGUGGGUGGCCUGUGCAGAGGGUGGCUGAAUGACAGCCCUGUGGAUUUCUGUUUGGAAAUAAUUGCUGGUGGUGUGGGGCAUUGCUUAGUUCUAUCUACAUUGGCAUGGAGUGUUGGCUGGCCAUCGACACCUAAAUCUCCUAUUACCGACAAAAAAUUCAUCAUUCACUCGAUGAAUUUGAAUGGAAAUCACUGGGGGGUGAUAAUUGUUCGUCUGGACUACGAUGAACAUACCGAGAAGUUGCAUGUGCGGGUAUACAUGUACGAACCUCUUAUCGAUGAAGAUUAUCACAAAGACAUGGAGGUGGUGUGGAAUGGUAUUACGGAGAAAGACAAACUAGAGAAAGAGGGCCUACGUGGCUUUUUGGAAAGGUGGCACCAAUCAUCAGCGCCGAAGAACGCGCUCGCUAUCAGCCCCAUUGAAUGGGUGGAAACCCCACAGCAGCCCGAUUUUGCAAGUUGUGGGGUUAUGGUGGUUGCUCAAGUGCACAGCUACCUGACUGGCAAUCAUCAUUGGCAGCUCAGCAAUGUUUCCAAGGACAGUAUCAAAGUGAUGAGGCUUCGAAUGCUAUGGGUAAUCCUGUGCAAUUCAAAGGAGAGGCGCAUUUCUCGCUCCACUGCAGACAAGGUAAAACUAAUCCAUCAGCAGCUUGCCGACCAGCUCAAGUAG